AAAGUUUCAAACAAAAUGGCCGACAAGUGGCGAAAUGUUGAACAUCGACAGAGGAAAAAGGCCGAUUUUCUAAACAACUACGGCAAAUUAUACGGAUAUGGAGGGGUAAUUGACAAGAUGCAAGAACAAGAGUUCGCUAGACUCAAAGGAAUGGUAUACCUGGACCAUACAGGCACCACCCACUAUGCCCAGAGCCAGCUGGAGUCCUACAUGCAGGACCUACAGACACACGUGUACGGGAACCCUCACACCAGGAGUGCCAGCAGUCGCCUCACCUCAGACACCAUCGACCAACUCAGGUUCAGGAUUCUCCAACACUUCAACACGAGUGUGGAACAUCACAGCAUCAUCUUUACCUCAGGCUGCACAGGUACCUUGAGACUUCUUGCAGAGUCUUUCCCCUGGGAAGACGGGAGCAUCUUCUCCUACUUGGAGGACAAUCACACCUCUGUCUUAGGCGUCCGAGAAGUUGCGGCCAAGGAAAGAGCGACGAUAGUCUGUGUUUCAGAGGAAGAGUUGCUAGGAUGUAGCAAUGACAAAGGGAAUCCACAAAACAGAACAGUAACUGCAGAAAAGAACAACAGCAAAGAAAACUGUACACCAAACAGCAGUGUACCUAAUUUUUCAGGUACAACACAUUUCUUCCAGGAAUCAGAGAGACCUGAUUCUGUUAACAGCUGUGGCCACUCUCAUCUCUUUGCCUAUCCGGCCAUGUGCAAUUUUUCCGGACGGAAGUUUCCCCUCGAAUGGUGCAGCAAAGUGAAGAGAAAGCAGUUUUCUUUGUGUGAGAGAAGUGAAGGAAAAUGGUUCACAUGUCUCGACGCCGCUUCUUUUGUUAGUACGAGCCCUCUCAAUCUAAGUUCGUGCGAGGCGGACUUUGUGGCUAUUUCGUUUUACAAGGUGUUCGGCUUCCCGACGGGAUUGGGUGCACUGAUUGUACGUAAGGACGCGGAGGACUCGUUGAAGAAGACGUACUUCGGGGGUGGCACGGCAUUGGCUGUUACAAGCAAUGGAAGGUUCUACAUCCCCAGGCCAAAUCUACACGACAGAUUUGAAGAUGGCACCCUUCCUUUCUUAGACAUCAUAGCACUCAGACAUGGAUUUGACACCUUGGAGAACCUUACUGGAGGAAUGCAGUACGUAUCCCAGCACACCUUCAGUCUGGCCCAGUAUGUUUACCUUCAACUGACUUCACUCAAACACCACAACGGUCAGCCAGCCGCAGUCGUGUACACAGACACACAAUUUGAUGACAUCACCACACAAGGUGGCAUUGUCAACUUUAACCUCCUGAGAGCCAAUGGCAACUUUGUGGGUUAUUCUGAGGUGGAUAAACUGGCAGCCUUACAUGACAUCCACGUGAGGACAGGAUGUUUCUGUAACUCUGGUGCCUGCAGGAGACACUUGGGCCUCAGUGAUGAACAACUCAGGCAAAACUACCAGGCCGGCCACGUUUGCGGUGACGACAAGGACCUCAUUUCCGGACGACCCACCGGUUCUGUCCGCAUCUCCUUCGGCUACAUGUCCACAUUUGAAGAUGCACAAUUCUUUCUCGACUUCGUCCAGGAGUGUUUUGUCGAGAAGUCACCAAAAACCACCACCAGUGCUGGUAAUGCUCAUAAUGAGCAGUACCGCAAUACGGGGCUAACUUCUAAACUGAAUGUGCAGAAUGCAAAUGAAGGGCUAGAAGUUGAGCAUGACAAGACAGAAACAAAGAGAUCAGCAACAUUACAGUCUUCAGGGCUGAAAAAUUCAUCUAAGAAUCAAGCAGAUGAUCCUCAAGAAAGCUGUAGGGAUUCCUUAAAGAAGGACCUCGUCAUGGAGGAAACUUCUAAAAGACAAGAUGAGAAAGAGAAUUCAACAGAAAACAGUGAGGCAAAAGUUCCAGGACAGCGUCACCUCACCAAUAUCUUCCUGUAUCCUGUCAAGUCUUGUGGUGCAUUUGAGGUAAAGUCGUGGCAGCUGAGUGCUCGAGGCCUCAUGUACGACCGUGAGUGGAUGGUCGUCAAUGAAAGCGGUGUUUGUCUCAGCCAGAAAAGGGAGCCCAAACUCUGCCUGAUCAGGCCUGCCAUCUACCUGACUGAAGCAGUACUGCAGCUAUCAGCUGAAGGAAUGAAGCCAUUGAAUGUGCCCCUCACUGGUGCAAAAAUGGGGGAUAUGGAAGCCUCCAUGUGCCAGAGUAAAGUAUGCGGAGACAGGAUAACAGGCCUUGACUGUGGUAACGAGGCUGCUGAUUGGUUGACAAGAUUCCUUGGACAACCUUGCCGUAUGGUGCGACAGAACCCUGACUCUGACAGGGACUGCAAGGUCAAUAGAGAUGGAGAAAACUCAGCCGAUGGAAAGUUUUCCCUUUCUCUGGCCAACGAGUCACAGUACCUCCUCAUCUCCCGUCAGAGUGUGAGAGAACUACAGCAGCAGAUCAACAGCAACAGUAACAUGGUCAUCCCCACAGAAGACCUUGUGCUCCGUUUCCGUGGUAACCUGGUGAUUGACAGUGGACAGCCCUAUGAGGAAGAUGAUUGGUCAGAACUGAUGAUUGGACAACACCAGUUUCAGUCACGAGGCCGGUGCAGUCGAUGUCAGAUGGUUUGUUUAGACCAGGCAACUGCUGAACGCAGCAAGGAACCACUCAUGACCCUGCUUCGAAUACGUGGCAAGAAGGUCCCGUUUGGCAUCCACCUUGUUCACAACAUGGCCGACACAGAGUCGUGCUGCAUCCAGGUCGGAGACAAGGUCACACCUGUUACCAUGGCAACAGACUGACAAUCAACCUAUUGAUAGAAUUUAUCUACAGCAAAUGAAACAACAGUGCAGUUAAACAAUCACUACAUGCC